AUGACAGAAGUGGAAGGCAAUUGGACAUUGGUUACCGAUUUUGUCUUGGUUGGGUUUACAACAGACCCAUUUCUACGAAUAAUCUUCUUUGUGCUGUUCUCACUUUCCUACGCCCUAACAUUGAUUGGUAAUUUCGGUCUCAUGACCCUGAUCUACCUAGACUCCCGUUUGCACACACCCAUGUACUUCUUUGUGGGCAGCCUUUCUUUCCUGGAUGUCUGGUACUCCACGGUCUACACUCCUCGGAUCUUGUCUGACUGUGUGUCGACAAACAACCACAUGUCCCUUGCUGGUUGUACAGCCCAGUUCUUCUUCUCUGCUGGAUUAGGCUUCAGUGAAUGCUUCUUACUGGCCUUCAUGGCCUAUGACCGCUUUGUGGCCAUCUGUAACCCACUCCUUUAUGCUAUUGCCAUGCCCAAGAAGCUCUGCAUCCAGCUGGUGGUGGGUUCCUAUGUAGCUGGCUUUGCCAAUGCCAUUGCCCACACUGGUAACACCUUUCGGCUACACUUUUGUGGGAAAAAUAUCAUCAACCAUUACUUCUGUGAUGUGGUGCCACUUGUGAAGAUGGCCUGUGAUGACACACAAGUAUAUGAAUUCAUUCUUGCUGCUAUUACUGGUAGUAAUAUGUUAAUAACCACAGUUGUGAUCCUGAGUUCCUAUAUUGGUAUUGGGGCAGUCAUAGUGCGCAUCCGCUCAGCUGCAGAGAGACGCAAAGCCUUCUUCACUUGCUCUGCUCACUUGGCUUCAGUCACCCUCUUCUAUGGUUCCAUUUUUAUCAUGUACUGUAGACCCCACUCUCAACACACUCCAAAUUCAGACAAGGCAAAUGCAUUGUUUUAUACAGUAAUCAACCCUUUGGUCAACCCUUUAAUUUACAGUUUACGCAACAAAGAUGUGAAGGCAGCCUUCAAGAAACUAUAUAAAAUUCAUGCAGAAAAAUAA